AUUGCUGGCUAAACCUUUAUCUCUUUCCUCUUCUCUCUGUGGGAAACCCAAAAGAUCAGAGGCAAAGUCAGUCGCCUGGCCUUGUUGCUUCAGCUAAAAUCUCUUUACUGUCCCUCUAAGAAUCUUCAGCAGCUCCAUCUUUGGCAAAGCGAGGCUCUGGUAUUUUAAGAGUUGAAAAGGAGACUGGGUAAGUUGGUACUUUCAAGCUUACAAUUUGGUUUCUAGAAGUGUAAGGUGAGAAUAAGGAGCGAGAUGAGGAGUGGGUGGUAGUUGUGAGUCAAAGCAAUUGAUUGAGUUGAGUUUUAACGCGUCUGGAUUUUAAGUCAGCGGAAGGUGGCGAACAAAACCAAAUUGGUUGAGGUCGAGCUGGGUUUUUCGCCCAAUUGAGAAAUGACAAAGCAGAAGCAUUAUUUGGACUUGAAAUGAGAAAUUUAUUGUGAGUCAAGAUUUCUGGCUAAACCUUUAAAUCAUCCCUUCUCUAUCUCUGGAAAACCCAAAAGACCAGAGAACAUGGCUGCGGUCACCUUGUUGCUUCAGUUAAUCGUCUCCUUACUAUGGCUAAACGAAGCUUCAGCAGCUCCAUCUUUGGCAAAGCAAGGCUGUGUCGCUUAUUGCGGCGAUGUUUCCAUUCCCUACCCGUUUGGCAUCGGGAAAGAUUGCUACUUCAAUGAUUAUUUCUCAAUCAACUGCAACGAUUCUUCUUCUCCUCCGAAGCCCUUCUUGAAUCACACCGAACUCAACCUGGAGCUGUUCAAUGUAUCACUGGAAUACAAAACUGUGAUGGUAAACAGUCCCAUACCUUCCUUAUGUGCAGAUAACGGAACAUGGAAAAGCAAUGAUUUUGGUGGAAUCCCCUUCCGUUUCUCCAGCGUUCAUAACAUAUUCAUGGUGGUCGGAUGUGACACCAACGCAGUCCUCGCCACCGGCGAUCAAGCAGAAAUCUUAGCGGGUUGCACAUCCAAUUGUGAUAGUCGUAUUGCUCGAACACGUAGACGUUGCUAUGGCAUACAGUGUUGCCAAACCUCAAUUUCAUACAAUAAUCAAUCCACUCACCUUGGUAUGUACGAUGUGAGUUAUGUCAAGACAGGUGAGGGUUGCGUAUAUGCCUUCAUGGGCGGUAGGGACUGGUACGCCAACAACAACUCUGAUCCAGCUAAUACUACCACUUCCGGCUAUGCUCCGUUGGUCAUGUUCUGGGAGAUGAAAACUACUUCAUUGGGAAGCUGUUACCGUCAAGAUCUUGACUGGCAGUCCGGAAAAACUAUCGAAAUUUGCAGCUGUGAGCAUAGAUACGAAGGGAACCCUUAUCUUCCCAAUGGAUGUCAAGUGGUUGAAGCUUGUGCCAACUGCAGCCUUCUUGACUGUGGCAUGAUAGGGACUGAAUAUCAUUGCUUUGCCAGCAACAGAAUGGCGAAGCAGCUAAAAGCUAUGAUUCUAGGUCUUAGCAUAGGUGGAGGAUCAUUUCUUCUACUUGUUGGGAGUUUCGGAUUGUACAAAGGAGUCAAAAAAAGGAGGGAGCUCAUUCGCAAACAAAAAUUCUUUAAACGAAAUGGUGGUCUAUUACUACAGCAACAACUAUCUUCUAGUGAAAUUGUUGAAAAAACAAAAAUUUUCACAUCUAAGGAGUUAGAAAAAGCAACUGACAACUUCAACAAGAGCCGAAUUCUUGGACAUGGAGGUCAAGGUACAGUUUAUAAAGGCAUGUUAAAUGAUGGAAGAAUUGUUGCAGUUAAAAGAUCAAAUUUAGUUGAUGAAAGUCAACUAGAGCCAUUCAUCAAUGAGAUUAUGAUUCUCUCUCAAAUCAACCAUAGAAAUAUAGUUGGGUUGUUCGGAUGUUGUUUGGAGACAGAGGUGCCUCUAUUAGUUUAUGAGUUCAUCUCCAAUGGAUCCUUACUCCAACUCAUCCACGAUCAAAACAAUGAAUUCCCAUUCUCAUGGAGCAUGCGUUUGCAAAUUGCUGUAGAUGCAGCAGGAGCACUAGCUUACUUGCAUUCAUCAUCUUCCGUACCCAUUUAUCAUAGAGACAUCAAGUCAAGUAAUAUUCUUAUAGAUGAAAAGUAUAGAGCAAUAGUGUCAGAUUUUGGGACAUCAAGGUCCAUUUCCAUUGAUCAAACUCACUUGACCACCCACGUGCAAGGGACUUUUGGUUACUUAGAUCCUGAAUAUUUUCAAUCAAGUCAAUUCACUGAUAAGAGUGACGUAUAUAGUUUUGGAGUUGUUUUGGUUGAACUUUUAACAGGAAAAAAGCCGGUUGCUUGGGCAAGUUCCGAAGAAGAAAAGAGUUUGGUGGUACAUUUUAUUUUAUCAUUGGAGGAGAAUCACCUAUAUGAUAUUCUUGAUGACCGAGUUAGGAAGGAAGGUGAGAAAGAGAAAAUUAUGGCAAUGGCCAACCUUGCAAAGCGGUGCUUGAACUUGAGUGGCAAGAAAAGGCCUACAAUGAAAGAAGUGACCUUUGAGUUAGAGAGUAUUAGAAUGUCUUCUUUGCCUAAAAAUUCUCAACAAGAUAUUCUUGAUGAGGAUAAAUACGGUAUAGUGGAUGAAUACGGUAUAGUGGAAACAAUGAGGCCUUUGGAUGGUGCUACAACUUCGUGUUCAAUAGCCUCAAAUUUGAGUUGUGGGAAAUCAUUUUCCUCAUCUGAUUCUCAACCAUUUAUGUAUAACAUAAGAUGAUUAAUAAGCUAUGUACAAUUCUUUAUUUUGCUUCCUACACAAUGCUAUUACUCAUUUCUCCAUAA